AUGUCACUUUUAUUUGAACAAAUCAAUGACAAUUUAAGUUCAAGGCCAACUUAUUUAGAAUCAUAUAAGAAGGUAUCGCAAUAUGUUUAUAACCAUUAUGUUACUUUUCCUGAUUCUUUCGGAAGUUUAAGUCUUUUAAUUACAUUUAUUAUUAGUGAUUUAAUUGAGCUUAAACUUUCAGAGAAAUAUUUGUUGUGUCAAAGAAUCAGAGAUUCAUCAAAGAGUGAUAAUGAUAUUUCUAUGAAUGUUGCAAGUCAUUGUUUAUUAUUAAGUCGUAAGAAUGUUUCUCAAAAAGGUUUGAUUUUAAUUGAAGAACCUUCUUUUAUUUUGCCAGUUUUAUUAAUUGGAGAAUCUUUGAAAAAUUCUUUGACAUUUUACAAAAAUUUGUGCGAUUAUUCAUCCACAAAUUGUUAUCAGUUCCAUAAAGGAAGACUUGAUCUAUUUCUUUUAGAAGUAAUUAAAGUUUUCCAAAAAGGUGACACUUUACAAUUUGACGAUAACUCAUUUAAGAUUGAUUUUGGAGAAGAUUUUGUUGAUGAUCUGAUUUUUCCUAUGUUAAGUCAUAUAAUGAAUUUCGGAUGCAAUUUCGAGACAUUGCAGAAAGUAACUGAAAUAAAUAUGACAGCGGAAAGCAAAUACGGAGAUCAGUUGUUGAAUUUGAUAACAAUGACAUUAUGUGAAAAACAAAGGAUUUCUAAAAUAACUCACAUCUUUUGCAAAGAAAGCAAAGCUUUGACAUUCGAUUUGACAACAGAUUUUUCAUGUGGUUUUUCAUUUUCUUGCUGGGUUUUCUUUGACAAAGUUUAUUCGGAAGUUUCUUGCUCGCAAUGUACUAUUUUCUCUUUGAUAUUUUCUGAAGGUUAUGGAGAUGGAAUUUCUUGCUUCUUGAGUGGAACUUCUCUUCACGCGAUUCUCUUUUCGAGAUUUGGAACUUCAAGUUCAUCAAUUGUUUUAUGUCCAAAUUUCCCUUCAAAUCAAUGGACAUUAAUUACUUUGUCUGUUAGACCAAGAGGAGAUGAAAAUGCACAGAUAGGUUUCUCAAUAAAUGCUGAGAAAUCUCUUGCUUUUCUCGUGAGAGAUGCAAUAUCAAAAGGAAGUUCAAAUGUAAGAAUCGGAGGAAUGAGAAAACUCAACACGAAAAAGUCAAAAAUUAUUGCAAAUACUUUGUGCAAACUUGGACCGUUUAGAUUAGUACAAUACUCGAAACAAAUCAAGCAGGAAAUGGUUGAAAUGUAUUCAAGACCUGAAUCAAUGAAUGGAGAUUUAAUUCCUUUGUCAAAUAUCGAAGAAAUUGAAGACAAAGAAAGUGUUUUAAGUGUUGUCAGAUCAAAGAAAUUUUUGAGUGAUUGCUUACUCAAAUUAUUCAGUUUGUCUGAGAAAAGAAAUGGAGAAUUCAUUGUUAGAUUACUUGAUAUUCUUAGGUUCUCCGAUUUCAAGAAUUCUCAGGAAUUAAUUCGUUGUUUUUCAUCUUAUUUAUCGCAAUCUGCAAAAAUUUUACCAUUUAGAGUUUUUAGUUGUUGUUCUGAUAUUUAUGAAUCAACAAAAGAUGUUAAUUUCUUAUGUCGUGUAGUGUUUAAUCUUGAAUUGUGGCUGGAAACAUCUCAAACUAUAUGUUCAAGGUGUUUACAGCAGUUGACGGCUGUUUCACAAAACUUUGCUUCCAUUGUUUUUUCUUUUUAUAAUUUUAGAUUUUUGUUGUCAGUUUUUAGAAAAAGUGUUGAAAACAAAGAAAAAGAUUUUGCAAGCUGCCAAAAGAUACUUUUCAACUGUGUGCAGUUCAAAGGACUAACAGAUAGUGAUAGCAUAAGUUUGGCAGGACACAUUGCGAUGUCUUGUUUGGAAGGAAGAGAAAAAUUAACAAUAUUCUUUUUACAAACUUUACAAGGAAUUUGUGACUUCAUUUCUGACAAAAUUUUAUUCAAAAUCACUUCAAUUCUCAGCAAGACAUUCAAAGAAUCGAAGUCUGUUGCGUCAUCCUUUUAUGUAAUUAGUGUAUUGACAAUGAUUCUUGAAAAAAGAAUUGGAAAUGAUGUCAAAACUGACAAUGAUGACGAUGAAAGUAUUUUUGAUGCAGAAGAUUGUUUAUUUUUGUUGCAAAGUAGUUUGGCAUUUCCUGAUGACCAGUUUGGAAAAGAACUUAAUGACAAACUACUCGAAAACUGUCAGGAUCAACCAUUACUGAUUCAUUUCAUUUUGAAGAUUUCGAGUAUUUUGGAAAUCAAACCUGAUUUUUCGGUUUUUUACGAGAAAAAUUUCUCAUUUUCUGACAAGGCAACUAAGGUUAAUUUCUGGCCUUUAUGGGCUACAAAGUAUGCAAGCUUAUUCUCUGAAGAAGGAAGUAACUUAAUUUUCCGUUUAUUUAUUUCCAAACCGUCACAAAAUUUGUCAGAUUUAAUUUUAACAUUUUUCUCUUUUUACGGAUUACCAGGACACAAAGGAUUAUCUGUUUUCGUUCAGCUGUGCUCGAAACACUUGACUUCUUCGCAUGAUAGACAAUUGAUCUCUAGUAUUGUCUCAAGAACAGCUUCAAUCCUUUGUUUAUCAAGAGAUUCUCAUUCAUAUCAAAUUUUGUCACUUUUUGAAAAUUCCGAAUUCAAACAAACUUUGGCAAAACAAGAAACAGAUAAAUUGAACACCGAAGAUGAGAUAUUCGGCUGUUUAAAGAAAGGAUUAUGCCUCAGAAGUCCAUCCCCACCAUUUUCUUCUUUAGUUAUAUCAUUAAAUUCUAGUUUCCAAGCAAUUCCAGCACAAUUGGCUGAAUUUUGCAGAUUUUCAUUGGCUUUGCACACGAAAGGAGGAAUUAGUGCAUCAAGAUCACUAUGCGGAUGUGCACAAUCUGUUUAUUCUUACUCGAUGAAUGAUUAUAACGCCCAUUGUUUGCCAAAAGUCAACAAAUUAUUCCAAAGAUACACAAAGAUUAUUAACGAAUCUUCUCUAAUAAAAGAUGGAAUUCUAAAGGCAACGCACGACAUUAUUCGCCUUGACGAGUUUGAUAGAAACGAAAAUAUUCUUGCAUCAAACACUCUCAAAGAUUAUGGGUUGUCUCUAGUUCAAUCUCAAUAG